AUGACCAAUCACCUCACUUGUCAUCCUCGGCUAUUAGACACUCUGCCAAGGGGGUUUUCCAAUCCGAGCGCUCCAGCGUGCACACUUCGUUGCCCUCCUCCGAAAGGCAAGGGCUGCUUUGAAAAACCAAAACUCUUCUUAGGAAACGGGAGUAAGGCCUUAAACCAAUAUAUGAGAGAUAACUUUGUGGUAUUUGUGCGUUCGUCCAGUGAUCGAAGUACCAACGCAGUUCUGCGUUACGAAUGGCUGUACUACAAAUGCAGUAGGCACCUUCCAAGGUCAACCGAAUGCCGCGGAGCUCGAAGAAGUUAG